AGUCACUUACAGAACUCUGAUACAAGGCAGUGUUUCGGAUUAUGUAAAUAAUGAGGUGAAUCUGCAGAGAGCCAUUCGAGGGCAGGAGAUCGUACCUGGGAAGGUGUUGGCACAACAUUCGAAACGUGACCCCUGGAGAAAGGGGAGUGUGUCUUGUUUUUGGCAGGUGAAGUUCUCUCGGUGAGGAAAAGGUGCCCCCACCUUCUUGUGUGCAUACAUGUCUGAGGGAGACCAUGCAGUCUUGCUUCACUUGGCAGCCAGCACGGGAGGAGGCACCCAGGAAUGAACAUACAAUAGACUCGCCCGGGCAUCCUGCGCUUAUACAGCUGCUCUGGGAAUAGGCUCAGGGCUCCCAGCACCAGGCUGAGCUGCGAAGUGUAUGUCAUGGAGGGAAUAGAGAACCCAGGUUAUACUUAUGAUGGGGAGGUCGGGCUGAAAGACUUUGAUAGCACCACAGAGAAGGAGCCGGAAUCCUCUCCAUCACCAGCCCAAGCUCCAGGGGAAGAGUUUAAGGAAGGACCAUGUGGCUGGGGCAGCUUCACCCCGAGCUGUGUGCAGUGUUGCAACAACCCCAUGGGCUACUUGGUCAUGUACAGUCUCCUGGCCAUCAUGCAAGGCACUGCAGUAAAUGGUUUGGUGAAUGUUGUUAUUUCCACAAUUGAAAAGCGUUUUGACUUAAACAGUUCCCUGACUGGAUUAAUCGCGGCCAGCUAUGACAUCGCAUUUUGCCUUCUUUCACUUUUUGUGUCUUUUUAUGGACAGCGAGGACAUAAACCUAGAUGGUUAGCAUUUUCAGCUGUGAUGAUUGGACUGGGUUCAUUUGUUUUUUCUAUACCAAACUUUUUUUCUGGUUUAUAUGAAUAUGGGAACAAGCUCAGUGACUACUGUGAAGUAUCAGGAAACUCCAGCAGUUUACAGAAUUGCUCAGAAGGAUCUUCCCAUUCCUAUUUUCUGUAUGUGUUUGUUCUGGGAGGGCUUCUUAUGGGAGUCGGUGGAACUCCACUAUACACGCUCGGAACUGCUUAUUUUGAUGACAGCCUUCCACCACAUAAAUCAUCCCUUUACAUAGGUAUAGCCUAUGGCCUGUCUGUAGUAGGCCCUGCUGUUGGAUAUUUAGUCGGAGGACAGCUCUUAAACAUAUACAUAGAUUUUGACAAAGGACAAAGUGUAAAUCUUACUCCAACUGACCCGCGUUGGCUUGGAGCCUGGUGGAUUGGAUUUUUAGUUUGUGGCCUAGUGACUUGGAUGCUGAUUGCACCUUUCUCUUGUUUCCCAAAACAUUUGCCUGGUACAGAAAGAAUACAGUCUGAAAGAAUUUCCCAAGCUCAUAACAAUGGAAGUGAAAGUAUUGUGGAAAGCAAGAAUCUUGGUAAAAGUUGUAAAGACUUCCCUUUGGCACUUCUGCUCCUGGUGAAAAAUCCAGUUCUUAUCACCUUAACAUUUGCAAGUUGCUUUGAUGCAUUUAUCACAACCGGCUUUGCAGCAUUCCUUCCUAAAUUCAUUGAAAACCAGUUUUCAUUGACUUCUAGUUUUGCAGCUAUUUUAGGAGGUGGUGUCUUAAUACCAGGAGCGGCAAUUGGACAAAUGUUAGGAGGCUUAAUUGUCUCCAAAUUUAAAUUUGAAUGCAAAAAUAUGAUUAGGUUCUCAAUUAUAAUAUCCUUCAUCUCAGUGGCACUGACAACCGUUUUUAUUUUUGCAAGAUGUAGUAAUGAUCCAUUCGCAGGUGUAUCUGUGCAAUAUAAUGGGACUGGAAAGAUUGGUGAAUUAAAUGCCCCUUGUAACAGCAACUGCAGUUGUGCUCGCUUUUUCUAUGACCCAGUUUGUGGAUCAGAUGGAGUGCAGUAUUUCUCUAGCUGCUAUGCUGGGUGUAUGUCUAUGGAAUAUAAUGAUACCAGAAAGGUAUAUAGUAAUUGUUCAUGCAUUGGAAGCCACACAGGAGAAUCAGAAAUUAGUGUUACAUCACAAGCGGAACAAGGGAAAUGUAAAACAAGUUGUGACAACCUGAUACUAUUUAUGGGGUUUUUCUUUUUUGUGAUUGUCACCACUUUUAUUACAGCAACUCCAAUAACUAUGGCAAUUUUAAGGUGUGUGCCAGACAAACAAAGAUCGUUUGCCCUUGGUGUGCAGUGGUUAUUUAUUCGACUAUUAGGUUCUAUUCCUGGGCCAAUUUUGUUUGGGGUUGUAAUAGACAGUACAUGUAUAUUAUGGAAUAUAAAUGAGUGCGGAGCAGAAGGUGCAUGCUGGACUUACAAUAACUCACAAAUGUCAUUCAGUUUAAUAGCCAUCAGUGCAGCUAGCAAAGUGUUGACUAUUGCAUUUCUUUUUGUGGCAUUCUGCAUUUACAAACCACCAUUAAAGAGUACAGAAACGUCGCAAGACUCCCUUGAGAACCAUUGUGAAUUUUGAACCUGAAAGCCAGAAAAGUCAAGCAGUUAUGGAAAUACCAAGUAUAAAAGUAGUUACUAGGACACGCCAGAGUUCUGGGAAAAGAGACAAGGUCAAGAUAAAGGACGAACUACAUAAUUGUGAAUUUUUGUAACAGCUAAAUAUAGUGUUUUAUUUUUUAAAGAUGGUAGGGUUUGUUUCUCUUUAAGUUUUACUCUCAAAAUAUUCCAGAUGUUUUCCUUUGCUGGCCACAUCCAUGAGCUGAAAUUGUCCUUAUCCAACCAAAGUUUCUACUGAGCCUGAUCGAUAUCUCAAUGAUCUCUGAUCAUGUAUCGAUUGGGGAGAUGAUCAUAUAGGCCCCAUACAUGUUAAGUUAAAGCUAAACUUUUCACAUUCAGGUCAAACUUGAAUGAUACAGAGGGCCAAAUUACUUGGGUAAAUAUGGUGACCUGGUUUGACAGUGGAGAGAAUUUCACAAUUGCACAGCUCCUUUUCAUAUAUCUAUGGCGUGUCUGUUAGAAUGGUCUAGUGAGAUUGGCAUCAGACCCCACCGUAUUUCUCACUGGCCUCUUCUAUUUGUGUAUAGUUUAAAACCUUCUAGUCAUCCUUCACAAUCAUCACCGAGGCGCAGCCCAUUCUUUUAGAGGUCUUUAGCCAACAGAAAAAUCAGCUUAUUAUCUUUUUGGGCAAAGCCAGACAUGGCGUUUUUAAAAAAGCUCAUUUGUGCUCAUCAUUGCUCUCGUUCCCCAUAAUUCUGCUGGCUGGAAAAAGAAAAUAGAAAAGCUAUUUAGAAAUAGAAAAACUAUUAACAUGCAAAAUGGAGCAGGAAUCAUCAGCCGUAAAAAUGUGUAUGUGUCAUUUAUCUGUGAGAAUUUGGACACCAUAUUUUAAAGACACUGCGUAUUUACGUAAAGUGUAGUUUCAAACUUGCAGAUCCCAUGGAGUCUAUUGAUUAAGUAGUUAUUGCUAAAAAAAAAAAAUUGUGUGCAUCAAAAAUUUUUAAGACUUUAAUGUGCGUCAACGACAUUUCGCCGGUGGCGAAUUUUUGACGAAACGGGUCAAAUUCGCCCAUCCAAAUAAUUUGUAGUCUUUAUCUGUUCAGGAAAAUGCUGAUUUUAAGUAACUGCAACCCAUAACAACCAAUCAGAUAUUUAUUGUAUUUUUGUGACUUACAGUACACUGAUCAAAACUAAUUGUUUAUUGGUUGCUGCUGUUUUACAUGUUCUGUAACAUUUGGGGAAUGGAAGCCGAUCCAUAAUCUCAAAUCUUUAUUUUUCUCUUUUAUAAUUACUGUAAGUAUGAAAAGCUUUUGUAAAAAGGCUGAGACUAUUGUUUUGAAUAUGGAUAUAUUUACCAUGUCACCCAAAAGCAAUUCAAAGUUGCCAGUAAAGCAACUGUAAAGCAGAAUAUUGAUGUCCGUGUAUAAUUGUGUAUAUUUCUUACAGCAUUUUGCAACUUGAUCUGAUUCACAACCCAAAUGAAUACCCCUGGAGAAAAAAGUAAAGCUGUUGCUAGCGAUGUAAAUAUUGUAUAUUACGAUGUUAAAUAUUAUUUUAUAAUAAAGUGGUAUUUCAUUUUGCUUCUUA